AUGAGAUAUAGCUUGGCCCUUCUCUUUGUGCUACUUGGCCAAGGGCUGGCGUUUCAUCCCACACGGGUAACAUCUGACUCAAGAUCGCACACUGAUAUCACUGAAGAAGCACUGCUGGGAGAGGCGGUGGAGUCAUGCAAGGCAGUAGCAACUGCAGAGGGGAAGGACUUCACUCCACCCGUGGAACAGACUGCGGAGAAGGUGCUCGAUGCAUGUCUGAAAGCGUUAGAAGGCAGCAAUGCAGUGUCAGCUGCUAGGUUCAGGGAGCUCUUGGAUGAUAUCAUCACUGCAAACACUCUGGUGGAUACAAACCUGCUCAACAGCGCCCCCCAUCACUUCAGCGAUGAGGCCUUCAUCAAGGCACGUAACCUUAUCACUGAGGGCGUGGUCAGCAUUAGAGCCAGCCUACAAGAGGACAACAUGGCAGCGGCGAGGCGGACCUUAGGUGCCGUCAGCCACACCCUUCAGGAUUUCUACAGUCACAGUAACUGGGUUGAGUUGGGAAAUACAAAACCAUAUGCCAGUCUACUACGACCAGACCUCCCUAUGGAAAAUCUUGCAGAUCCUGACACCCCGACAUGCAGGAAAUGUGAAGAGUUUGUUUGUCCGAACCUCAUCCUUCCAAACAUAUUAAAGUCUAACAUACUUACAUCAGGGUAUGAUGAAAGCCUUGGAAUCACCAAACCAGCAGGUAAAUGUAGCCAUGGUGAUUUAUUCAGUGUUGGGAUCCACAAGGAUGACCCUGAAUCUGACCUUCAUGAUCUUGCUGCAAAGCUAGCCACUGAUGCCACUGUUGACCUACUGCGAAAUAUUCGGAACACAGCAGGGGACCAUCGGUUUCUGAAGAUGCUGGGCAUCAGUCGUUCCUCUGUCGUGUGUUUUGUGAUCGAUACCACAGGAAGCAUGCGCGAUGAUAUAGCUGAGGUUCGAAGACUAACCAAUGAAAUUGUCGACAAGAAACGAGGAACAAAUGAUGAACCUUCUCUCUAUAUCCUUGCCCUGUUCAAUGAUCCAGGUGUGGGACCAGUCACGAGUACCGCUAAUGUGGAGGAAUUUAAGAAGAUGCUGGCUGAAAUUGUUGUGAAUGGAGGUGGAGACAAACCUGAGAAAAGUCUCUCCGGACUACAGCUGGCCCUCACAACAGCACCUCCUUCAUCUGAAAUUUACCUUUUCACUGAUGCCCCUGCCAAGGACACAGAAUUAGAAGGGGCGGUCCGUUCUCUCAUUGACAGCACCAAGACAAAGGUAUCAUUCCUGCUAACUAAUAUCUUGUCGAGAAGAAGAAAGAGGAGUGCACUGUCAAACAGUGAAAACAUACUGUAUGAGAAACUAGCCAAACUAUCUGGUGGAUUGGCCAUUGAGGUGUCCAAGAGCACCUUGCCUCUAGCCACUGGUAUUAUACUGGAUGCCGUUUCCUCUUCACUGGUAAACCUGUUUCAGGUGUCCAGGGAGCCAGGAAAGGACGAGACUUUCUCAUUCCUGGUGGAUCCAUCAGUGCACAAUGUGUCCAUUUAUGUCACUGGGUUUUCUGUGAGCUUUACUCUGAAGAGCCCCACAGGUGUGAGUCAGGAAAGCACAGUGAAAUCAGGGCCUUUGGGGAAGAUAUCUGCAGUGGGAAAUCUUCACAUUGUUCAUUUGACGGAGCAAACAGGAACAUGGCAAAUCAGCAUUAGAUCCACCCGUCCAUACAACAUCAGAGUUAUAGGCCACAGUGUGCUGGAUUUCCUGUACAAAUUCAUCAGACAUUUCAAGGGCCUUCAUCCUGGAUUUGUGGAGAUAGAGGGACGGCCUUCAGCAGAGCUGUCAGUCUUGGAUGCAACUGGCUCAUCUACACUGAGACCCAGCAUAAGGGAGCUGGACAGGGGGACGUUCUUUGCUUUCUUUCCAACCCUCCCAGACGGCCCGUUCACACUGCAGCUGAGGGGUAAAAGUGACGGACACUCGUUUCAGCGAGAGACAACCAAUCAGAUCCAAGCUUCCCAGAUCUCCGUACAGGUGCAGAGGAUUCUCAUUCUUCACCCUGGAGUUCCCUUAUCUGUCCCCUUCAAUGUGACUGCGAGUGGGAAUGUGGGUACAGCUACAAUACAAGUUCGAGCCACUCAGAACUUUGUGGCAUCAUUCACACCCAGUUCGGUCACAUUGGCUGCUGGCAGCAGUGCUACGGGUACGCUGAAUCUCUUAGCUUCUCCCAGCACUCCAUCAGGCUCCGCCUGCACCAUAACCAUAGUGGCGGAAUCGACUGGAACAGGGCAGUCUAACUACGCCAUCGUCCACACGACCGUCAUGAGCAUGAUCACAGACCUGAAGCCGCCUACAUGCGUUGAGUUACACAGGAGCCCAAAAUGUCCCAUAUGGGAGAUCUCUUUAGCCAUGUCUGACGGCGACGGGACGGGCAUCGAAAAAAUCUUCCAUCGCGGCGCUGACGGCAACAUAACCAGCACCGUGACCGACACGCAGACCUUGGUCACCUUCUCGGCCUCUUGCUGUGAGGAGAGUGUUGAGUUUGUGGCUGUGGAUCAUGUUGGUAAUGCUGGAACGUGUUCGUUCACAAUCAGUACCCCUCCUAAGAGUACUUAG